AAAGCCAAAAGCCAAUCAGCCGUCGUUGUUGUGAAAGUUUCGAAAUUAGAAAUCUUGGGUCUAGCAUACGUAUACUCGUAUGUAUAUCCGAUACAUCCAGCUACGCGGAUGAUAUAUGUGCAGUGAGUGGGUUAAUCGCUCAAUCGCGGUCAGCACUCGACCGCAGUGGAGGAGGGACUCCAGCUCCAGUUACAUCAUCACCAGAGCGGCCAGGAGUCGGAGUCGCAGUCGGAGUGGGCGAGCUGGAGCAGCUGGCCACCCGGGACUUGGAUAUGCGGUCGGGUGGGGUUGGCCAACCGGGCGUGUUCGAUCCGAUACGGGUCGCAAUGGCUACAGCCUAAUUAUCCGCUACCGCGGCUCCGCUGGCUUGGCUCUGCUGAUGGUGAUGGUGAUGGCGGUGAUGACGACGACGUGGAUGAUACGUAAGCCAAUUAUGGCGCAGUUAUAUGUAGCUCCAAAUGGACUACGAGUUCUCCCAGCCGUUCUCGCUGGCCCAUCCCAUGCCUUGCCAUCCCACACCCAAACCCAAAACGAUGAUACGUAUAUAAUUAUAGCUGCCCAGAUACACACGAACCAACACGAAUCUGAGGCACAUAUACUUUGUAUCUUCGGGGUUGUGCCGCUGGUGUUUGCUUGGGGCUCUGGCCCACUUAUGUCUCUGGAAGUGGGUGCAAAGCCCCAGAGUUCCAUCGUCCAGCUGCGCUUCCGAUCUCCGAAAUCCUCCGGCACUAGAAGCCACUUGAGAACCGCGUGGUCAAGCAUUGGCCCUUGAGAAAGGCACUUUGGUUCUAUUAUGCGGUCUAUAUGUAAUUCUAUUCAUAACAUACUUUUCCCUAUUAUCUGUUAUCUGUUCCCAAUCAAUG